AAAAAAGCACCCUCCAGGCCAAAGCCCAGCUGAUUAGUCCAACUCAUACAGUCUGCAUGCUGAAGGGUUGUGUUGUCUCAGUCAAAUUCGGGGAGGAUGGACAUGGAUGUUUCUAUGGUGUAUUUAUUAUGUGUCUGACAGAUAAUGCAGUAUCAAAACAUGGAAGGCAACUCACUUCAUUAGCUACCUCUGAAUUCAAGGCUAGUGUUGUCCAUCCACUCUAGAGACUUCCAAGCCAGCCAGGGAUACAUCGUGAGACUUGGUCAAAACAAACAAUAGCACACAACUGCUUCUUUACAAAAGUUUUGGGUAUAAUUAAUAAUGGUGAGAAACAACAUUGUAGUUUAUGCAAGUUUCUGAGAAGGGAUUCACAUUUCUGUGUUUUCAUGACAUUAAACCAGAACAGGUCACUGGUUACACAAGAUGCCCUUCAGAAGCCCCUGUGGUGUUGGGCACCCAGAGAAGACAGUGGAGUCUGAACGUCUCAUGCACCCCGCACCCCACCCAACACAAGAAUGAUAAAAACAUUUUAAUUAAGAAAACACCUCCUGGGCUGGGGAGAUGGCUCAGCGGCUAAGAGCACUGACUGCUCUUCCAGAGGUCCUGAGUUCAAAUCCCAGCAACCACAUGGUGGCUCACAACCAUCUGUAAUGGGAUCUGAUGCCCUCUUCUGGUGGGUCUGAAGACAGCUACAGUGUACUUAUAUAUAAUAAAUAAAUAAAUCUUUAAAAAAAAAAAGAAAACACCUCCUGUCUAAUCAAAGCCCUCAAGUGUGACUGAUCAUCUUAUUUCUUGAGGCCUGGGGAAUCUCUGAGGCCAGCCUUUCAACAGUUUCUGGGGACUUGCAAAUGUGUUCUACACUUGUCAAUGAUUAAACAACUACUUAGUAUGAGGAUUAAGGACUGUUUGCCUGUAGUAAAACACUUGAACUUGCAAGGCUCAGCAUCCCAUUCCCCCACCUUUUCUGGAAGUGCUUACAAGAAUGUUAAACCACAUUCUUCUCUGAAAUCAGGAUCAAAGGCCUGAGGUUGAACUGAGCACACACAUGCCUUGCUUAGUCAUACACAAGGGCUGUCUGGAGUCGGCCUGAGCUGACAUGAAAUGAGCUUCAGCGACAAAAUGCAGUCCCCUGUCUCCAGAGCUGCUGCUGUGGAUCUGUAGGGGAACACCUGCAAACAAAAUGGACAGCCAGCUUCUCCUUAGAAAGUUUGAGAUCAUUUUUCUACCUAGCUAAAGAAAGAAAAUGUCAAUGUUUUUCAACCAUUGUGAAACAACACUAUUAUACCCACUUAAUAACUGGCUCGGUGGCAGUGUGUCUGCAUUAUUGUAGUACCACAAUUGUCCAUCUCUAAAACUCAUCAAAAUCCCUAGCUAGAAUUCUAUUCCAUUGGCCAACACUUUCCCACAGUUCCUCCUAAACCCCCAACCACUGUUCUGUUCUGUGCUUCUGUGAACAUAGAUUCCUUCUCUAAGUGGAACCACACAAUAUUUGUGUGGCUGUGGUUAUUUUCCACUCAGCGUAAUGCCCUUGAGGUCCAUCCAUCCUGUAGUGUGUGUCAGACUUGGCUUCCCUUUCAGGGAAUAAUUUCUCCUGUACGUCCAUUUCACAUUCACAUGAUGAUGGGUGCAUCUCUGGGUCACCUCCACCUUUUGUAGAUUUGUGAAUGGAAUUACUGUAGGCAGUUGGAACUCACACAAGUAGCAUCUUACGGUGUUUGGAAGCCCGCCUCUUCUCCCCAGUCUCCUCCCCCAUGUACUGUUACUGUAGCUGAGUCAACCACCUGGUGUAAAGAUCAUUUGUGCACACACCCCCUCCCCCUGACCCCCUUUACUAAACUUUACCCUUUCUUCCUUGGCUGGACUUUGUCCAGCCAGGAUUAUUUAUAAACCAUUCAAAGCUCAUUAAUAAACCACAGCACCCAGCAAGCCACCUUUUCACUCUGUCCCUACUGGAAAGCACUGGGAAGAGCUGCACCGGAUAGACAUGAAUGAGGACAAAGACAAGAGAGACUCUAUCCAGAUGAGUAUGAAGGGAUGCCGGACGAAUAACGGGUUUGUCCAAAAUGAAGACAUCCAGGAGCAGGACCCAGACUCCAGGGACACUCCACAGUCCAACGCUGUUAGUAUCCCUGCUCCAGAGGAGCCUCAACUAAAGGUGGUGCGGCCCUAUGCAGGGAUGCCCAAGGAGGUGCUGUUCCAGUUCUCUGGCCAGGCUCGCUACCGGGUGCCUCGGGAGAUCCUCUUCUGGCUCACCGUGGUCUCCGUGUUCCUGCUCAUCGGAGCCACCAUAGCCAUCAUCAUCAUCUCUCCAAAAUGCCUUGACUGGUGGCAGGCAGGUCCCAUGUACCAGAUCUACCCGAGGUCUUUUAAGGACAGUGACAAGGAUGGGAAUGGAGACCUGAAAGGUAUCCAAGAGAAGCUGGACUACAUCACUGCUUUAAAUAUAAAGACCAUUUGGAUCACUUCCUUUUAUAAAUCACCUUUGAAAGAUUUUAGAUAUGCUGUUGAAGAUUUCAAAGAAAUUGACCCUAUUUUCGGAACAAUGAAAGAUUUUGAGAAUUUGGUUGCUGCGGUCCAUGACAAAGGUUUAAAAUUAAUAAUUGACUUCAUACCAAACCACACCAGUGACAAACAUCCUUGGUUCCAAUCGAGUAGGACACGGAGCGGGAAAUACACUGAUUAUUACAUCUGGCACAACUGUACCCACGCCAACGGUGUAACCACCCCUCCCAACAACUGGCUGAGCGUGUAUGGAAACUCCAGCUGGCAGUUUGAUGAAGAACGAAAGCAAUGUUAUUUUCACCAGUUUUUGAAAGAGCAGCCGGAUCUUAAUUUCCGAAAUCCUGCUGUUCAAGAAGAAAUAAAGGAAAUAAUAAAGUUCUGGCUCUCAAAGGGUGUUGAUGGGUUUAGUUUCGAUGCAGUUAAAUUUCUUCUGGAAGCAAAGGACCUGAGAAAUGAAAUCCAAGUAAAUACAUCCCAAAUUCCGGACACAGUGACCCGCUACUCAGAACUGUACCACGACUUCACCACUACCCAGGUGGGAAUGCAUGACCUUGUCCGGGACUUCCGGCAGACCAUGAACCAGUUCAGCCGGGAGCCUGGCAGAUACCGGUUCAUGGGGACGGAGGUGUCAGCUGAGAGCACCGAGAGGACCAUGGUGUACUAUGGCCUGUCAUUUAUCCAGGAAGCUGACUUCCCUUUCAACAAGUACUUAGCCACACUAGACACUCUUUCCGGGCAUACUGUGUACGAAGCUAUCACAUCCUGGAUGGAAAACAUGCCGGAAGGAAAAUGGCCCAACUGGAUGAUUGGCGGACCAGAGACUUCUCGGCUGACUUCUCGAGUAGGGAGCGAGUAUGUCAACGCCAUGAACAUGCUUCUGUUCACACUCCCAGGAACCCCCAUAACUUACUAUGGGGAAGAAAUAGGGAUGGGAGAUAUUUCCAUUACAAACCUCAACGAGCGCUAUGACACUAACGCCCUUCUCUCCAAGUCACCGAUGCAGUGGGACAAUAGUUCAAAUGCGGGGUUUACUGAGGCCAACCACACCUGGCUCCCCACAAACUCUGACUACCACACAGUGAAUGUGGAUGUAAGUGUCGAUGGACGGCAGUGUCACAUGGACUUAGAACAAGGGGUGGGCUUCCUCCACCUUGGAGGCUUCCCAACAUCCCGAGCACGUGGGAAACCCUGACUGAGACUCUUAGGAUCGAUCACAAAUGAGUCUUGCAAUUUUCAAGUUGUAAGGAGUUUGGAGGCCAUUUCUUGGUGGAAUAUGGCCUACUAUAGUAGUUCCCCCAAUGAAGGCCAUUCAUUGUGUUUAGUUCUUCAGUCUAUGCCCGAGAAUUCAGUUAUAACGGACUCCUUAAGAAGUCUUUACAGAAAGCCUACCUACCCUUUUCUCUGGAACUUAUUAUAAAGUGUUCACUAAGUCUUAAGGGAUAGGAGACAUAAAUGUGUACCUUCUAAAACAUCAGGGGAUGGGGACUGCAUACCAAUUGAUCUCCACACCAAUUUCUCUUAAGGAGAAAUCCCUAAUCAAAAGAAUAAUAUAAUUAUAAAUAAAAGAUGAAACGAGGCUUCAGGGGGAUGUUGAAACAAGGUAUUACAUAUGCAAAUAGGCUGGAUUCAUGUUAAAAGAUGAAAGUAUUCAGAUUAGGUAGGACAAAAUCCAGAUAUGAGAUAUAGAUAAAAGAAAGGACACAAAUAAUUAACAAUUCUGCAGGCCACUGUAAUGGAAGGCUUGUGAUUUAGCUGUCAAAAGAAUGUUUAUACUGACUUGAUAGUUUACUCAUACAUAUCUGUAUCUAUGAAUACUUACAUAUGUGCAAAUGAUAGAUAUGCAAGGCCUGGCACUGUUUGCAAGAGAAGUGUUAGAAAUGACUGUGUCUGCCUAACAGAAAGCUCAGUCAUUAGAUCAUGGGAACGAAUGGCGCAUGGUAAGGAGCAGGGCAACUCUCUUUUUUUUUUUUUUUUUGCUUCUCAAGACAGGGUUUCUCUGUGUAGCCCUGGCUGUCACUGGUCUUGAACUCAGAGAUCUGCCUGCCUCUGCCUCCUGAGCGCCGGGAUUAAAGGCAUGCACCAGUAUGGAGAGCACUAUUGACAUAUAAACACAGCACAGGGUGGUCCACGGCACCUUAUGUAAACACGCCUAUAGAUGCUUGCACUGGCACAGGGUUACCAUUUCAUGAUACCUAAAAAAGGAGGGAGUCAGCCAGCCAGCCAGCCAGCCAGCCAGCCAGCCAGCCAGCCAGCCUGUCAGUCUUGUCUCUGGAAGGGACCGGGGAUGGCUGAAGAAAUCUUUGCCUUGACUAUAUUCUUCUUACAGCUGAAGCCCAUACUAUGGGCAUGCAUUUCCUAGAGAAAAAAAUGACUUACAAAAGUGGGCUUGGAAAUAUUUAAUAGCAGACAAAAUAGAAUUCAAUACGAAAGCAGUAUAUGAGAGAAAUGCAUUUUCAAACGGUGAUAAGCACUGACAAGUCCACCAAAUCCCACAAGUCUUUACGAUGUUAACUGAAGCGUCAAGAUACAUCAAACGAGGACUGAGAGAAAGGAGAAGAGAAAGGGACAAGCUCACGGUUACAGAGAACGAGUUCACAGGAAAGGAGAAGAGAGCAGUGUCCUGGGCCCCUCGUGUGAGCGAGUGGCACCAAACUGCUCUACAUGCGUUAUCUAAGCUACUGAGAGUGAGCGGCCGCAGACGCUCACAGACACAAACCAGGAACACUUCGUGCCUGAUGAUAGAAUGAACAUCUCUAAACAUCCACGAGAUAGUCAUUAAAUACGCAUUGUUAGACAUCUCCCGGGAAAGAACCACAAUACCAAAGACGACAACAGCCCCACCCCAGAGACAAGGCUGGCAAGAGUGUCAUGAGGAACAUUACUGUUGAUUUGGCAACAGCUACAAAUCAUUUGGCAUUAUGUAUUGAAUGUACAUACGCUUAGACACAGCAAUUAUCUGUCUGAUAAUCUAUCUUAACUAAAUAAUGUAGAAGGGAAGGGGUUUGAGAACGUCCGAGACAGGUGAUGCUUACAAGGAAGGGGACAGAAGGCAGGUGAACCCGGUCACAGGGUGUUGUGUGCCGGACAGUGUCACCUGUGGGGACGAGGUGACAGAAAGUGCUUAUGAGAAAAGGAGCGGGAAAGCAGCAUCGUUAGGUAGGUUUGUGCAGCUGUAAAGUAAACCCACAUCUUAAGGACAUGAAAGCUACCUUUUACGGCCCAGCACAGAGAAAGCGAACACAGACUUGCUGACUUGCACUGCAGUGUGCAGGGUUACAUCUAUCACCAGUGAUCUGACAUCCAUGUCUGCUGGACCCAGGACCUCUCACCACAGUGCCCUUCGCAGUGUCCUACAGAGAGAACCAAGUCCAGGUCCCCUGUGGUGGUGGCUUUUUGCUUCCAGGCAUCUGACUUGAGGACACACUAUUUACAGACGCUUUACAAUGGGGCAGUUAUUUUAAAGGGCAAAGAAAGCAAGGUUUUUCUGGGGGAAUGGGGUGGGGAUAAGUCUUAAAGUAAAACAUUUGUGUGAAUAUUCUUUUUAAAAAAACAGGUCCAAAAAACCCAGCCGAGCUCAGCACUGAGGCUAUAUCAGGAUCUGAGUCUACUCCAUGCCAGAGAGCUGCUUCUCAGCAGAGGCUGGUUUUGCCUUUUGAGGGACGACAAUCACUCUGUUGUGUACACCAGGGAGCUGGAUGGCAUAGAUAAAGUCUUCCUUGUGGUUCUGAAUUUUGGAGAAUCAUCAACUGUGCUAAAUCUACAGGAAACUAUUUCAGAUGUUCCUACAAAACUGAGAAUAAGAUUAAGUACCAAUCCAGCCUCCAAAGGCAGUGAUGUUGAUACCCAUGCCGUUUCUCUGGAGAAGGGAGAGGGGCUCAUCUUGGAACACAGCAUGAAGACUCUCCUCCAUCACCAGAAAGCUUUCAGAGACAAAUGUUUUAUUUCCAACCGUGCAUGCUACUCCAGCGUGCUGGACCUUCUGUAUAGCUCGUGCUAGGCAGCUCUGUAAGAGGUGGCCACCCUGCGUCUGGUAUGCUUGCCAUCACACAUGCAAGGGCCUCAGGAAUGGCAUCAGUUCUUAGAUAUUUCUGUAGCACGAAUGCAUUGUUUUAGGUAAGAUUCUCAAAUGUUUGGAAGGACAAUAAAAUGUUUAAAAGAUUACCCCCAAAA